AUGGAGAUCUGGGUUACAACUAAGGUUGAGCCCAACACGGUCUCGUGGGGCACCAAGCUCUUAUCAGCGGAUAUGAGAACACUCACCGCACCCAUUCAGUUUAUGUUUAGCUAUUGUGGUCCAACUUUCUUCAUUGAUGAGGACAAGAAAGUCGCUGUGGUUUUCGAUAAAAGCAAAGACGUGAUGCAGAGGCGCAAUACAGCUUACAUUAUUGGAGAGGAUGGAUCCUCCUUGAAAGAAGUCGAUCUUGGAGAAUCUCCAAACAAAGAUCUUGAACCACUUGUGUGCCCUUAUGUCCCAAGUUCUGUGCUACUUAAAUAGUUCAUUAUUUCA